UCCCUUCUCUGACGUACCCGGCAGCUGCUUUCCGGUUCCGGUUGGGUUCGGCCCGGUUCGGUUCGGCUGCGGAUGGCAGAGUCCGGGCUGAGGGCUGGCAAAGACCGGAACCGGGAGGAGAAGGUGAGAUGGAAUGUUUACAUAGCGAUAUGUACUAUAGGGCCCGGUCAACAAUGGAACGGUAUCCUGGGUGUCUCACAGUAUGGGGAAGAGACGCUGUGUGUCGGCUGCAGAGAACAAGCCAUCUUCAGGGUGCUGUGGAGUGAAGAAACCAAAGCUGUGUCCUUCACCUGCAAGCAGUGUUCCGCCCUCCGUCCAACAUAACUGCCAACCUCCAGAGGACAAGACGGUGGGGCCAGGCGCCCUCACCCCACUCUCCCGGCCCAACGGGUCCACAAGUGGCAGGGAACAGUUGGUGGUGACAGCUGAAAUGGGCUGCUACUGCUUUGAUGUCCUCUACUGUCACCUGCAUGGCUUCCCACAGCCACGCCUGCCACGUUUCACCAAUGACCCCUAUCCUCUGUUUGUCACAUGGAAGGCUGGACGUGACAAACGUCUCCGUGGCUGUAUUGGGACAUUCUCCGCAAUGAAUCUCCACUCAGGACUCAGGGAAUACACCUUAACCAGUGCCCUUAAGGACAGCCGCUUCCCUCCGCUCACCCGUGAGGAGCUGCCCAAGCUGUCUUGCUCUGUCUCUCUGCUCACUAACUUUGAGGACGUGGGUGACUUCCUAGACUGGGAGGUUGGAGUCCAUGGGAUCAGAAUUGAGUUUCUUAACGAGAAAGGGGUGAAACGCACAGCGACCUACCUGCCAGAAGUAGCCAAGGAGCAAGACUGGGAUCAGAUACAGACCAUAGACUCUCUGCUCAGGAAAGGUGGCUUUAAGGCUCCCAUUACCAACGAAUUUAGAAAAAGCAUCAAACUCACAAGGUAUCGCAGUGAGAAGGUGACAAUCAGUUACACAGAAUACAUGGCCUCCCGCCAACCCGCACAGCAGAACGGCACUGUGCAUGCACCGCCUCUUUAUACUCAUUACUCCUGACACAGCGCUGCCCCCGCCGCAGCCCUGUCCCCCGCUCGCCGGCAAUGCCUGUGACCUCCUGACAUCCGACUCCUCCUCCACUCCCUCCUCCUGGUCCAGUUACCUGUACUACUGCGCCAUCUUAUGAGCUUCACUGGAGAGGGGGGAGCAGUGCCCAGAGACUCGCAGAACACACAGCCUUACCUCACCCCACGCUCUCCAUGGGACUCUGAGUGGGAGGGAGAGCUAAGAUGGGUAUUGUGGCCUCAUCCAACUCCACCAUUGCAAGGGGUCAUUCACCCUUAAAAAAAAAAAAAAAAAA